AAUACUCGGGUUCAUCUACAAGUGAGUUCAGUAUCUUGUGUACCUUCAACAUUCGAUAUCAAUCCUACAGAGAGGGCAAUUAAGACAUCACGCAACAUGAAAGUCUCACUUCUACUCAGCCUGGUUGCGACCAGUGCUCUGGUUCUUGCCAAACCUCUUGGCUCAUUCGAUUCGGUGCAACCCAAUGAUUCGAAUACUCUGGGCGAGGCCCUGAAUUUGAAUAAAGCAGCAGAAAAGGAUGAUGUGCACGGGAAACCGAUAGCAGAGGGCGAUGGCAAACUCUCAGAGGAUGCUGAUUUCAAUCAAGACGCGGAAGAGAAUAACAAUCACGAGGAUGAAAAUAAACACGAGAAUAGUCAUCCGGAGGAUUCAGAAGAACCACUCCAUCGGCAGCCGGAGGAAUAUCAUGAAUUGGCACAAGGCCAACAAGAUCACAACAACGAACACGAUCAAGGUAUCCUUCGAAACGAGGUAGAUCAACGUCCAUCACAUGAUCAGAAUGGCAAUCAUCACCGUGAUCAUCAUCAAGAAAACUCUGAUCAUGAAUAUGUGGAGCAAUCACAUCGAGGAAAAGAUGGCAGACAUCAUGACCACCAUUCCAGUGGGCAGCGUGUCCCUCAGGAAAUCCAAAAGCCAGGAGAAGGACCUCAAGAACCACAGAAUUCAGGAGAGGGACCACAAGGUCAAAGUCCUUCUCAGGGACCACAGAAUCCAGGACAAGGACCACAAGGGCAACGUCCUCCUCAGGGACCACAGAAUCCAGGACAUGGACCACAAGGUCAAAGUCCUCCUCAGGGUCCACAGAACCCAGGACAAGGACCACAAGGACAGCGUCCUCCUCAAGGACCACAGAACCCAGGACAAGGACCACAAAGGCAACGUCCUCCUCAGGGACCACAGAACCCAGGACAAGGACCGCAGAAUCCAGGACAUGGACCACAAGGUCAAAGUCCUCCUCAGGGUCCACAGAACCCAGGACAAGGACCACAAGGACAGCGUCCUCCUCAAGGACCACAGAACCCAGGACAAGGACCACAAAGGCAACGUCCUCCUCAGGGACCACAGAACCCAGGACAAGGACCGCAGAAUCCAGGACAAGGACCACAAGGUCAAAGUCCUCCUCAGGGUCCACAGAACCCAGGACAAGGACCACAAGGACAGCGUCCUCCUCAAGGACCACAGAAUCCAGGACAAGGACCACCAGGACAGCGUCCUCCUCAGGGACCACAAAACCCAGGACAAGAACCACAAGGACAGCGUCCUCCUCAGGGACCACAGAACCCAGGACAAGGACCACAAGGUCAAAGCCCUCCUCAGGGACCACAGAACCCAGGACAAGGACCACAAGGACAGCGUCCACCCCAAGGAUCACAGAAUCCAGGACAAGGACCACCAGGACAGCGUCCUCCUCAGGGACCACAUAAUCCAGGACAAGCACCUCAACAUCCGGGCCAAGGUGGUAAUUCAGAACAGGGAGCCCCACAACAAGCUGGAUCAGAUCCAAGAGUUGUAAAUAUCAGCAUAAACAUCGUUCAAUGAAACCUGGGCUAAAGGAUGUAUUACAAUUACAGUAUGGCCAAUCAUUUUUAUUAAAGAUUACUAGAUUACCUACAAUAUUGGUGUGUAAUAAAAUAAUUUUCCGGAA